GUCCAUCCUUAUCAAAACCAGAGAGCAAGCCUCCGGACUCAAGAACAUCGGAAAAACCUGAAGAAGAUGUCAUGAUAAUAUUCGAGAAAGGAGUAACGGCUGAUCUAAAGGAGAAAGCCAAACGGCUUCAAUUGCCAAGUAACUUCUUCGGAUAUGAAUGUUCGGCGCCUGAAGUCAGCUCUGAUCUGUCGGAAACUGAUGCGAGGCAGUCAGACCAGCCGACAAGUGAUCCCAUUCCCGAGGGAAGUUCCACCUCGACCUCAAACAAGACAGGCUUUCUUUUUGGCUCUGCAAGUGUGUCGUCUUUGACCUUUCAAUCCAUCGUUGCAUCUUCACUGGGAAGCAGUCCUUUUGGACAGAAGACGCAAGGUACGUUUGGUGGUUUUUCAGGAGCUGGGUCACAGCUGUUUGCCUCCCAAAAUGCAGACGAAGAUGACGAAGCAGGGGAUGGUAACCAUGAUGGACCACACUUUGAGCCAAUUAUUCCUCUUCCUGAAAAGAUCGAUGUUAAAACUGGUGAAGAAGAUGAAGAGGUAAUUUUUUCUCAUCGAACCAAGCUUUAUCGUUUUGCUGCUGAGGACAAGCAGUGGAAGGAGCGAGGAGUUGGGGAUAUAAAGCUUUUGAAAAAUAGACAAAGUGGAAAGAUGAGAGUUCUGAUGCGGCGGGAUCAGGUGCUUAAAAUAUGCGCAAAUCACCAGAUAACCGCUGAAAUGAAACUACAGCCGAACGCAGGUUCAGAUAGAUCGUGGGUGUGGAGCACAAUGGCAGAUUUUUCAGAGGGCGAAUGUAAAGCUGAACAACUUGCUGUGAGAUUUAAAUCAGAAGACACCGCCAAGCUGUUCAAGGAGAAGUUUGAAGAAUGUCAGGGAAUGCUGAGGAACGAAACACCAAUGAAGCUUCAAGUAACACCCAAAACUACAGAUGCCAAAGAAGAUCUCGUGACCAAGUUUAAACCAGCUGAGGGAUCAUGGGAAUGUAGCGACUGUAUGGUAAACAACGAUAGUGAUAAAGUGCAGUGUUCAGCUUGUGGAAAUGUAAAACCGGGAGCAGAACCAAGUCAAGGCCAAAAGAAAGAAGCUAAUGCGUCGUUUUUAUUUGGUGGCUCUAGUCUUUCAUCCUCUGGUGGAGGCUUUAUGUUUGGCUCUGGAGGAUCAAGUCAAGAGGGUGAUACCAAACCAGUUUUCACUUUUGGUAGCUCGAACCAAAAAUCAAAUCCAAGCUCAGGAUUUUCAUUCACCUUUGGUUCCUUAAAACAAGCAGGACCUGGAAGUGAACAGCAGACAGAGUACACCAAUGGCAAUCUUUCUUUAUUUAAUGAACAAAAGCCUGUUGAGGAAGCUGAUGACUCCAAAGAUGACCACGACGGCCAAGAACUUUCGGAAAACCAAUCAUCAGCUAACCUGGCCAAAGAAGAGAGAAUAAAUGAGGAUGCCAGAAAAGACGUCAUGACGAAGUUUCAACCUGCAGAAGGAUCAUGGGAGUGUGAGAUUUGUAUGGUGAACAACGAAAGAGAUAAAGUUGAAUGUGCAGCUUGUGGAAGCGUAAAGUCAGGAGUAGAAGUCAUUAAAGAACAAAAGCAAGAUUCAAAAUCACUUUUUCCAUUUGGGUUUGGUUCUUCGUCAUCUGGCGGAGUCUUCUCAUUCGGCUCUGGUGGAACAAGUCAAGGCGAUUCAAAACCAGUUUUCACUUUUGGCAGCCAGAACCAGACUUCCACCCCAAGCUCUGGAGUUGCAUUUAGUUUUGGCUCCAUAGAUCAAGGAGAAAAUUUGAGCGAACAGGAGACUAAAAGAAACCCUAAAGCUGGUUCCUUGACUGACCCAGCAGACAAUGAAGGAGCUGAUGAUACUAAGGAUGAUCAAAACCAGAAUAUUCAAGAAGGGGUAGAUGUCAAAGAAAAAGCUCAAGUGGAAGAAGUUGGCACAAAAGAGGAUAGCUCAACCUUGGAAAGUGACAAGGACUCGGCACCUGCCAUGCAAGACACAAAAGAUACUUUGCCAAACAAGGAGCAAAAGUUCCUAUUUGGUUCUCCUAACGUAUCGUCAUUGUCAUUCCAGUCAAUCGCCAGUUCGUCUCUGAGCAACAGUCCAUUUGGGAAGAAACCAACUUCCGGUAAUUCCCCGUCUGGGUUUCCGGGAUCAGGCACCAAACUAUUCACAACCCCACAUUCUGCAGACCGUGAUGAGUCGACAACGGAAGAGGAUAAUGAAGGACCACACUUUGAGCCAAUAAUCCCUCUACCUGAAAAGAUCGAUGUUAAAACAGGGGAAGAGGAUGAAGAAGUCAUGUUCUCCCACAGGGCAAAGCUAUAUCGUUUUGUGGCAGAGGACAAGCAGUGGAAAGAACGAGGAGUUGGAGAUAUAAAGCUUUUGAAAAAUAGGCGAAGUGGAAAGAUAAGAGUUCUAAUGCGGCGGGAUCAAGUGCUGAAAAUCUGCGCCAAUCACCAGGUAACCGCUGAAAUGAAACUAAAGCCUAAUGCAGGUUCAGAGAAAUCGUGGGUAUGGAGCACGAUGGCAGAUUUUUCAGAGCAGGAAUGUAGAGCUGAACAACUUGCUGUGAGGUUUAAAUCAGAAGACAUCGCCAAGCAGUUCAAGGAGAAGUUUGAGGAAUGCCAAGAAAUGCUAAAGAACUCGACACUGAUGGAGUCAGGAGUACAACCGAAGUCCACAGAUGCCAAAGAAGAUCUUGUAGCUAAGUUUAAACCAACUGAGGGAUCGUGGGAAUGUAGCAUCUGCAUGGUGAACAACGAUAGCGAUAAAGUGGCUUGUGCAGCUUGUGGAAGUGUGAAAGGAGGAGCAGAACCAAGUCAAGGCCAAAAGGAAGGAACCAAACCUUUAUUUGCACUUGGAUCUGAAGCUUCAUCCUCUGGUGGACGCUUUACGUUUGGCUCCGAUGGAACAAACCAAGGAGGUGUUACAAAUCCAGCUUUUAUUUUCGGGGGUUCGAAGCAAACAUCGAAUCCAAGCUCAGGAGUUCCAUUCACCUUUGGUUCCUUAAAGCUAGGGGGACUUGAAAGUGAACAGCAGUCAGAGGAAAUCAAUGUAAAGAAUCAUUCAUUAAAUGACAACGCGCCUGAUGAAGAAGCGAAUGAUACCGCCGGCGAUAUGGUGGAGAAAGCCUUAACCAGAGAAGAACUACUUGAAGAACAAUAUGACGAAAGUAAAAAUCAGAGUGGUGGUACAGAAGCAUCGCCUAACUUGCAUGAAAAUCCUGAGGGAAUUACGUGUGACGAAACACCGUUAGUGUUGGUUAAAGAGGAAGUAGAGACUUCGAUCACUCCAGUUGUUACCCGGAACGAAGACAGCGUGUCCUCGGGUACCAAAGCGUCGCCUAACCUGCAUGAAAAUCCCGAGGGAAUGUCGGUUAAUGAGGAAGUCAACGAAGACAACGUGUCCUCGGGUACCGAAGCGUCGCCUAACCUGCAUAAAAAUCCCGAGGGAAUGUCGGUUAAUGAGGAAGUCAACGAAGACAACGUUUAAUGUUUAAGAUAAGGUAUAAGACGAUCAAGGUAGCUGUUGAUAUUUCUUUAACUGAGAAAUGAAAUAGUGGUUUAGAUGUAAUUAAAAGCAUACGAAAGUACCAAAGUGGGUCGCGGAAGCCGGCAUUCGCGUAGAGCAAUCUUUAAAUGCAAUUUGGCUUUUUAUGCUCGUAAAUUUUCUGCAAAGUAAGUGUAGUAAGAGAGGAGCUGCUAGUUUAUUCCUAAAGCCCUUAAAGAAGAGGGCUAAAGCUUAAACGAAGACAGAUCGCGAAGACUUAAAACAUAUUAUCUUUGGUAGGUAGGUAAGCUCGCUAAUGUAACCAAAAUUAGAUCAAAAUCAUGUUCUUUCGAUUAUUUCACCAUACCUGCAUUUGCAAGACGAUCGGUUGAGAGAAAAUAGAUUAAAAGAUGACUUGCGUUUUGAAAUAACUUCGAGAAGGUAGGCAGUUUGUGCGAUGAAGACGUGGUACCAUUUGCACAUAUACAGAACUGAAAAUCAAAGAGAGCUUGUCCUGCUCACAACGACGUUCAUAAAUAGAACUCAGUUAUUGCUUUCUAACCA